GGGAAAGGGAAAAGAAGGAUGGCACAUGAGGUGGAAAGUGGGAGUAAAGCAAAGGUAAGGUUCAGUUUUAAGUGCUUGUAAACAAAAAGGCUGUGGUAAUAUUAUCUGGAAAUGACCUUUGUAUUAUUCCCAUAUAACUUGUCUGUAAAUGUGUAUUGAAACAUGUCAUGGUAAAUGUAAUCUCACACUAAUGAUAUCAGUAAAAGCAGUCCUGCUGUAUACAGAAAUAGUCAACACCUGUAUCAAGAAUAUCAAAGCAUGCUGUUGUGAAAUGCAAGUCCAUUUUUAUUAAUUGCAUAAAGUAUGUAACUAAUUAUGUCAUAGUAAUCAUGUCAUAUUUUAUUCUGUUUCAGAUGGUUGUAUUGAGGGAUGGGGAUUCGGGGAGGGGUGACCGGGUGGAGGGCCACAGAGUCCCCGACUUUGUGGACCUGACAUCAAACAACGACCUGGUUGAUGCUUUCAAGACUGGCCAGGUCGUUGUUCGACAUGAAUCUGCUCCUCAACAGAGGGAUUGCUGCCAGCACUGCCACGCGAUCCCUCUGUUGCCGGACCAGAUUCGAGAGAUUGUUCGGCAGGAACUGGUUUCCUACACAGAAGAAAAACACCGGAGGUUUGAGGGCAUGCUGAAGCAACAGCUGGCUGAAAUACUGCCAGGGUUGCUGGAGAGACAGGGAGAAGGCAAAGUCCUUGCCUCCCCACCUGCCUCCUCCUCAGCUGCCACCCCACUGCCUUCCACCCCUCCAGAGAUGCCAUCUACUGUUGGGGUGGGUGUUGCUAAACAGCAUUUAAGGCUUGGUGCGCACAAGGAUGAUUGCCAUUUUAUGCAUGACUUGUGCGUCAUCCCGGAUAGUGUGGUAGCAAUGGUAGAGAAAAAAUCUGCAGGAAAUCCACAGAUUUUUGCCUUGACCUUGACCAUGGCACUAUUCCGGGGGGAGGAGCUGUCUGGUAGGGCUGUUGACGGCUUAAAGCAAGGGAAGGCAGCUUUGAGCCCUCGACGCCUGAAUGCCAUCAAACAAAAGGUGUUUGAUGUGCACUCAGUGCCCCCGUCACAAAGACAGGAGAAGUUAUUUUCCUCCAUGAAAUUGGUUUCCUAUUGGUCAAGGUAUUGCUGA